AUGGCCGCAAACUUAGCCACUAACGUAAAAGAAGUAUUGGAAGGUCAUCCAGUCGAUCAAGUUUACAGUUGGGUGCUCAAGAUUCAGCAGAAGCGAUGGAUAACGUGGAGACACGUGCCCACUAAGGAGAAUCCAGCGGACCUGGGGAGCCGCGGAGGACAAGUAAAACAAGAUGAUGAACUCUGGUGGUGCGGGCCGAAGUGGCUGUCAGACCCAAGUGCUUGGCCAGAAGAUAUAACAACCACCGCAACCGCAGAAACAUUAGCAGAAGCUAAGACGGUGAGGGAGAUUUUCAAGUUCGCUGACAACAAAGACGUAACUGAGCUCGACGAGCUGCUUCACAAACACAACCUAUGGCGUGUAUUACGUGUUAGUGCGUGGAUGGCGAGAUUUAUCCACAACAGCAGAAACCAAUCAUCAGAAAGAAAAAAGGGUCCACUAACUUCAGAAGAGCUGAAAGUCCAAAGACGAUUCUGGGAGGGGAGAGCACAGCAAGAAGGGAUGAAAUCGGAGAAAUUUGAAGAAGACCGCCGGCAACUCAACCUGCAGUUGAACCACAACGACCUCCUGGAGUGCCGAGGACGAAUACAAGGUGUCUACCCUGUGUAUCUUCCAGAAAUAGCAGUCUACACCGAAAAGUUUAUUCAAGAAGCCCACGAAAGUACUCUGCACGGUGGGGUAGGCAUGACAACGGCCAAAGUGCGCGAACAACACUGGGUUCCACGACUCAGGCGCCUCGUGAAACGCGUUAUCAAGAAGUGUGCUGGCUGUAAAAGAUUCCAAGCAACAGCACUUGCCGCUCCACCUCCUGGGUUACUGCCAAGGGACCGAACAGAGGGAACCACACCCUUUCAAGUCAUGGGAGUUGACUAUGCAGGUUCCAUCAAGUACCGAAUCUCAAGCAAGCGAGAAGGCAAAGCGUACGUCAUCUCGUACGCUUGCAGUUUAACGAGAGCGUUAUAUCUUGACCUGGCGAGGAGCUUGGAAACCAGUAAAUUCCUCCUAAGCUUGAAAGGGCUAAUUGCUAGGCGUGGCAGACCCAGCAAGAUCUAUUCAGACAACGGUAGUACCUUCAUUGGAGCAGCAACUUGGAUUCGUCAGGUCAUGCGCGACGAGAAACUGAGCGACUUUCUUGCCCACCAGUAA